UGACCGAAUGGCAGCUUUUACGCAGAGGGUUGUCUCACCUGCUGAAACGCACUUCACCAUUCAGCACAACAGAGCCGUCUUUCGCGCUCACCUCCAAUUAAUAUCCACGCCUGCGAGGUCGGCGCCUCGUUUUCGCCUCUUUUGGCUUUGUUUUGUUUUGUCUGUUGCUUUAUUUUGACGCGACGGGCUUGGGUACACUACCGUGCCCUCUGCGUAUGGAUCGCCUCUGCCAGAGCAGGCGAACAAAGCGCAUCGAGCCUCUCCAGAGAACUGCCUCCUCCAAAAAAAAAAAGAGCAAGGAUUUUUGUCUGUAAGUACUCAGGAUAACCAUUUGGCAUCUUCGAUUGUUUUUUUCCCCCCUUGAUGUUAGGCUGCCUUAAUGUGUAGUUCGCUGGGAAAAGAACACACUGUUAAAGAUGGAUACGUUUCUUCUUAUUAGCCCGAUGGAUAGGCAUUUAAUUUAGGGAACACCCGACCCCACUGCUGGACAAAAAUGAUGGCAAGAUUUUGGAUAGCGCUGGACACGUUGUUGGUUUCCUGGGAGUAGAACAGGCCCGUGUCGAUGCUUGAAAACAGAAAACAGCCCAAUAGUGCAGCACACAUUCAAACAUUUCAUUCCCCAAGGCGUCACUUACUAUAUGACAAAAAUAUAUCCGCGCGCUGAGAGAGCAAAAACACAUCACCGAUAAAAAAAAACAAAAACAACAAAACAACAAUUAUGGAGCACACCGGCAUCGAGGAGGUGAACCAAACGCACCAGCAGCAGCAUGAGCCCAUCAGCUUCGGCAUCGACCAGAUCCUCAACAGCUCGGACCAGUCCAGCGGCUGCAUGCUGCCCAACCGGACCGGCGACCCGGAUUACGCGCUGGCCUCCAACGUCUACAGCAACGGGUACAACAGCGUCUACAACCCGGCCUGCUCCAUGGCGGCGGCGGCGGGUCUGGCCGGCUCCUACAACGUCAACAUGAACAUGAACGUCAGCAUGAACAUGAACGUUAACGUGAACUCGGGCGGCGCCGGCGGGGUGAUCCGGGUGCCGGCGCACAGACCCAUGCCGCCUCCGCCUGCCGCCGCCGCCGCUGCGCCGCAUCCGCCCCCUUCGACGCAUCCGCCGGGCAUCGGACACGGCAUCCCUUCAGUGCCCGGGAUGGGGAUGGGAAAUGCGUCGAACUUCACCUUCCCGUGGAUGGAGAGCAGUAGGAGGUUUGCCAAGGACAGAUUAACAGGGGAGCAGGGAGAGGAGAGCCGAGUCGGAGAGGCCACAGGGGGGCCGGGGCCUGCCGGGUCCCUCUGUCCUCUCCCCAAGGGUGACAUCGGCAGGGUCCCCGUCUGGAGCACUGUGGAGACAUUAGCCAAAUGCUAUUACCCCGAGCUCGCUCACCUGCGAGACGGCAAUGGCCUUCUAGCAGACUAUCCUUUCUCAAAGGGGGCUUGCCCAGCUGCCCUCUCACCCUUCUCUGUCACCCGUCGUAUCGGCCACCCAUAUCAGAACCGAACGCCGCCCAAGAGGAAAAAGCCUCGCACCUCCUUCAGUCGGGUGCAGAUCUGCGAGCUGGAGAAACGCUUCCAUCGGCAGAAGUAUCUGGCGUCGGCUGAGCGCGCCACCUUGGCCAAGGCCCUGAAGAUGACAGAUGCACAAGUCAAGACCUGGUUUCAGAACAGACGGACAAAAUGGCGGAGACAGACUGCGGAAGAGAGGGAGGCCGAGAGGCAGCAGGCCAACCGACUGAUGCUGCAGCUUCAGCAGGAAGCUUUCCAGAAGACGUUGAGCCAGCCCCUGCAGCCGGACCCGCUCUGCCUGCACAACUCCUCCCUCUACGCCCUGCAGAACCUGCAGCCCUGGGCAGAUGACAAUAAGGUGACCUCCGUCACCUCUGUGGCAUCUGUAGUGUGAGCGUGUGUGUGUGUGUGUGUGUGUGUGUGUGUGUGUGUGCGUAGAAGAGGAGGAGAAGUGAAGGAGGGAGGGAGAGAGAGACAGAGGGAGGGACAAAGCUGGGAAUGAUGUGUUUAUCAAAGUGUCGUCACAGUGGACAUAAGGGAGGAAUCUCUUCAGUCUAUUGCUGACGUGUCUGACGUUCAAAAACGCGGCACCAUUAUGGGAUUGUCAUAGAUACGGGAGAAUAAUGCUUGCUUUGGAAAAAAUAAAAUAACGAAUUGAAUGGACAUUGUGCUUCCUCAAACAUUGAUAUCAUUACCAGCAGCGUGUGUAGAGAGUUAGCUCUCUGUUACUGCCAAGACCCGCAAAACACUGUAUGCGGAUUCACAGCACAGGAGCCGCACUGACAUUGCUGUUUGUCACAAUUAAGCAAGCCUACAACUGUUAUCUUAAAUAUCUGAAGUAUGUUGAGUCAUUUUCCUGCCUUACACCAAGUUUCCGCUUUCCCUUCAGCUGACGGUCUAAAAGAGAGAAGAGGGCACUUUAUCCUUAAGUGCCGGGAAACAAAUGGACACCUCUGUACAUGCCCAACUAUCAAGACUGUACCCCCCUUUUUGCCUCUGGAUCCCCUCACGAGGCAGCAGAGACUCUC